ACAAUUAGCAAUCUAGCUAGCUACUUAUAUACAUACCAGUUUUGAAAUAGGUAUACUAGUUUCCAUGGCUUCCAAACUCUUCCUAAUUCUCACAAAACUCUUUGUUUUUCUUCUACUUUCAGCCAUAGCCAAACCAUCUCUAGGAGAAUCUCCUUCAAAAAGGCCAGUAACACCAGGAACUGUUUGCAACUUUACCCUAUACCCUUCCUGGUGCAAAACUGUGCUUCCCUACCGUACCACCAACAAUGUCUAUGACUAUGGACGGUUUUUGGUGCGACAGUCAUUAUCUCAGUCCUAUAGCUUCCUAAACUUGGUGAACAAAUACCUCAAACGCCCCUCCACUUUGUCAAAGGCAACAAAAGCUGCUCUAGAGGAUUGCCAAUUCCUUACAGGCCUGAACAUCGAAUACUUAGUUAGCUCCCUUGAAACUGUGAAUAGGUCAAACCAAACUCUCCCUGCUAUGAAAGCCGACGACACUCAUUCCAUGCUUAGUGCUACUUUAACCAACCACCAAACCUGCUGGGAUGGGUUACAAGCCGCGGCUUCAUCGGGGACUGUGAAGAAUGACCUUUCGAUUCCACUCUUGAAUGAUACCAAGCUUUUCAGUGUUUCUCUAGCAAUUUACACCAAAGGCUGGGUGCCUGAGGAAGAGGUGGGGAUCACUACACAACCCGGGAGGAAAUUACUUGGACUUGCAAAGAAACAUUCGAGGCUAACGAAGGCGGCUUACGGGGCGGUGAAGGGGAGGAAGCUGGUUGAGAUAGGAAAUAAUGUGUUGGUGAGGGACAUGGUGACUGUGAGUCAAGAUGGGAGUGGCAACUUCACCACCAUCAAUGAUGCCAUUGCUGCUGCUCCAAACAACUCCGCAGCUUCGGAAGGAUACUUCGUGAUAUAUGCCAAGGCCGGGGUUUAUGAGGAGUAUGUGUCCAUUGCUAAGAAGAAGAAGUACUUGAUGAUGAUCGGAGAUGGUAUCAGCCAGACUAUCAUCACUGGCAACAGAAGUGUUGAAGAUGGCUGGACAACUUUCAAUUCCGCAACAUUCGCUGUAACCGCACCUGGGUUCGUGGCAGUGAACAUAACAUUCCGCAACACAGCCGGGGCAAUCAAACACCAGGCAGUGGCAUUACGAAACGGUGCGGAUUUGUCCGCAUUCUAUAGCUGCAGCUUUGAAGGGUACCAAGACACCCUCUACACACAUUCCCUCAGACAAUUCUACAGAGAAUGCGACAUUUACGGAACCGUGGAUUUCAUAUUCGGAAAUGCUGCGGUUGUUUUCCAAAACUGCAAUAUAUAUCCACGCCUUCCAAUGACUAACCAAUUCAAUGCCAUCACGGCUCAAGGGCGAUCUGAUCCAAAUCAAAACACAGGUAUUUCCAUUCACAAUUGUACCAUUAGAGCCUCUGAUGAUUUGGCUUCCAGCGAAGGAAGCAUACAAACCUUUCUUGGGAGGCCAUGGAAGCAGUAUUCAUGGACUGUUUACCUGCAAUCUUAUAUUGAUAGUUUGGUCGAUACUAGUGGUUGGAAAGAAUGGAAUGGAGAUUUUGCGCUGAGCACGUUGUAUUACGCCGAGUAUGAUAACAAAGGGCCUGGAUCAAACACCACCAACAGAGUUACAUGGUCUGGGUUCCAAGUGAUUAAUGACACUGAUGCUGCUAAUGCUACCGUCUCCAAUUUCAUCUUGGGGGAUAAUUGGCUGCCUUCAACUGGAGUGCCUUAUUUUGGUGGUCUAAUUUGAGAAAAUCCAUGCCAAAAGGUUGCAUUUAUUAAUUUGGAGAGUUUAUCUCAACUUAAUAUAUGUAUUACGAGAUCAUUAUUUUAGUUUUUAGAUGGCCAAUUUCUGUUGAGCCAGUUUUAAAUGUCAAGGGAAUGUUCUUUUACAACUAAUUAAAGACAAAAUAAAUGCAUAAAAUCAUAGUUCAGUACUAAUGUAAGAUUAUUUUAUAUCUUUUAAAUGAAUUAAAAUUUUAUUUAUUAAUUAGGUGGAGUGGAGAACUGUGGGUUAUAAGACUA